GAAUUUAAGUGGGUAUGUUUUAGAAUUGUGUGGCAUGAACUGGUUUGCUGUUUUUCCUUUUUUUGGCUUUGACUGUUUAAGUCGUCCUUGGAUUCCGGUUUCUGUGUUGAAAAGCUGGUUGCUUUAUGGGAAUCUGGUCCCAUCCAGGCAUAACUGUUUGUGGGUCUUUGACUGUUUUUAAGUUUACGGUUAUUUGGAUCUUGGAGAAGUUCACUUAGAGAAAAAGUUGCUCGUUUUGAGGGUUUUCCCUUCUGGGUUCUGAGAAUCUUGUGGGUUUGUUUGUCCUCGGUUCACGUGAAAAGUUUCACUUAGGAAGAUUUUGUUUCUGGGUUUGAGAAUUGUCUGCUAAUUUCAUCUCAGUCUAAGAUCUUGUUGUGCUUCUUCAAGUUCAAUCUCCUGGUGCUCCCAUGGAUUCUCCACAAUCUGUUGUCUCACCAUUCAAGACCUCUGUUAUUGGUGAGCCUGAGAAGCAGAAGCCUGAAUUUUUCGUCCACACUGGCAGCGUAACAAAGGGAGCUCAAGCUCAAGGGAACAAGAAAGAAGUUGUUGUGUCUAACCUGGAGAACUUCAUUGGCGUUCUUGAAGUUUACAUACAUCAGGCUAGGGACAUUCAGAACAUCUGUAUUUACCACAAGCAAGAUGUUUAUGCUAAGUUUUGUCUCACUAGUGAUCCUGAGAGCCCCGUCUCCACCAAAAUUAUCAAUGGUGGGGGGAGGAAUCCAGUAUUCAAUGAAAAUCUUCAACUGAAUGUUAAAACUGUCGAUGCCUCCCUGAAAUGUGAGAUAUUUAUGAUGAGCAGGGUGAAGAAUUAUAUGGAAGAUCAAUUACUAGGAUUUGCUUUGGUGCCCUUGUCUGAAGUAGUCAUGGAGAAUGGGAAAUUGGAGAAAGAGUUCUCUCUUUCUUCAACCGAUCUCUUUCAUUCACCAGCAGGAUUUGUUCAGUUGUCUCUUUCUUAUGCCGGAGCUUCACCUGAAGUAAUGGCAAUCCCUGCAAUGCCAAAGCCUUUGGCGGCAGAUAAAACCUCAGAAAUGUCCGAGUGUCUUGAUAAGAUUGAGUUCCCUGAUCCUAAGAUUGUGAAUGAGAACCAGAUGAUGGUUUCAGAGUAUUUUGGGAUUCCAUGUGAAAGCUCAGAGAGCUUGGUUGCUUCUGAUGCCCAAGAUAAUGAUAGUUCUGAAAUGGGUGUCCGUUUCGUGGAAAGUUUCUCUACUGCUACAGUUGAGUCUGUUCUGCUUCCAAAGCUUGAUUCUCCUCCUAGCAGCGUAUCAACCAAUGGGGUGUCUUCCCCUUCAAUUGCUGCAAGUUCUGAGUCCUCUGAUGCUCCAGCAGUUUCAAAGCCGCAGAACCAGGAACAAGUCUUGGCCCUGAAAGAGAAAAAUGCUGAUGUUGGAGAUGGUGAGAGUGAGUCUUCGGGUGAGGUGCCAAGUGACAAAGCUUGUAAGCCUGUUGUCUCUGUUAACAUUGAGCCUGAGCAGAAUGUGGUGCAGCAAGACAUAGUUGACAUGUAUAUGAAAAGCAUGCAGCAGUUUACUGAGUCAUUGGCCAAGAUGAAGCUUCCUCUGGACAUCGAUAGUGGACCAACAAGUUCAGGGAGUUCAAGCUCUGAUCAGAAAUUACAGGCAUCAAAGACCACAAGUUCCCGUGUGUUUUACGGGAGUAGGGCCUUUUUCUAAGCUUGCGUUUCAAAGAGGUUCAAAGGAAGACACAGGCAACUUUAGAUUUUAGAAUGAAGAUUAAUACUAAUAGUAAAUAUAAUAAUGUGUGAUUAGUGUGGUGUUUUCCUUUGUAUGUUGACAUGGUUUAGAUGUCAAAAAAUCAUGGCCUUUACCUGUUAUUGGUCUUGUUUAUGCUACAACUUGUGUUAGUAUAUUUCAACUUUUUCACUUUCAUAA